CAAAAUUUCAACUUAUUUACACAGAUCCUGGAACUAAAAUUUAAUAUUUUAUAAUUUCUACUUAUUGCUUGGGAGUUUUACUAAUCAUGAAAAGAUGGAAAUACCUACUUUUUACAAGAGCAAAAAUCCCUUCCCUCUUGAGUCUAGUCUGAAAGUCAGGACUCAUAAAAAGCACUUGCUAUCUCACCGUGCCAUGGUGUCCAUAAUGACAGAAGUGCCUGCGAUGUACCAGAAAGGAACAUACCACUCCAUGAAGCACUAUGCACAAUACCAGAAGGGAUACCUCAAGACUAUAGCCAAGGACUUUAAUUUUUCGAAAGAGGUGGUAAAACAUAGAGGGCCAGCAACUCUUUCUUAUAAGGAAUAUGACCAGAAGCCCAUAUAUGAUUAUUCCUGCAUCAUUCACAAAGAAAUCACUACUAAGAAGCCAAGGCAGCCAAGUAGGCUCAAACCUUUGAAGGAAUUGCCUCCUGUGAUUCAGAUGGACAUUCCCCUUCCUAAGCAAGCCACUCAAGACAUUCCUUUGUGCUUGGAAGAGUGUAUCUGGAAAGCCAAGCUGAAAAGCACCCUUGCUGAACAAUCUCUGCUGGUACCUAUCCCUCCCCCUCCCCCUCCUCCUUCUCAUGAUUUUCCUUUACAGACAUUCCUGACGGAACCUCAUGACAUGUUGGGAACUCAAAGGAUGACCAAAGGACGGCCAAAAAGGGCACCUCGAACCAUCAAGCUCCAGAAGCCAGAGGAUAAGGACUUGGGAUGGGAAGAAAGGCUGUUGAGAAAGCUGAACAAAGCUACAGCUCAGUGGAUUGUGAACAGUCAGUCUUCUUGGGGAGGCUGGGUUCAGACUAAGCCAAAAGGUUUCAAAAAGCAAAGAUAUGACUGGGAAAGAAUAAGAUACGUGCUUCCUUCUGGAAGUGAUGUGGAGUUACUAGAUGAAAUCAAGGCAGAGGGAGAUGAAGUAGGUGUUCCAAGUUUUGAAGAAAAGAUAUCAGAGACACCUCUCCCUGUCUAUUAUCGGAUACCAUCUUUCCAAUCAAGGGUGCUGUGUAGAGAUGACCCAACUGGGGACAACAGUACAGUGAGAGAAAUAUCACAGCAGAGUCCCAAACUGCUGACUCAUAUUAAGCAUCAGAAAUGGCUGAGCUCCCGGGUUGGAAAAUAUUCGUACACCACUCAGAAUAUUUUUGAACAGGAGCUCUAUUUUGGAACAGCUAAUAUUGUCCAUCAAGAGACAAAUAAGGGUUACAUUGUUAUGGAUAAUCGUGAUGAAUACUGCAAACACCUCCAAACACAGUACCCAAGAGCUCCAGAACUUUGGAGUUUCCGGCCACCCAAAAAGACAACUUAUAGGGUGCAGAAGGGAACCAACCACUGGUCUGCGCUGCCCACAGUCACUGAGAACUUUUCUCAGCUAGGCCAAGCAGAAUCUCUUGUACUGCCUGUAAGAAGAGGAGAAUCGCCUAGACAGUAUGAAAGAAAUUUGUCUCAAGAUUUAUGUAUCAGUAGGAAUAUUUUGGAACAGUGGAAGGCUGAUUGGAAGUUUGAUCCUCAGUGGCAGUCGGCAACUAUAGAAGGAUUAAUGAGAGGCCUCAUAGAUGUGCAUGUUCAGAAUCGGAUCAAUGCUAUACUUACCUGUGCAUCUGCAGUGCUUGAGCGUCCCCAGAAAACCAAAAAAGGAAGUCCAGAGUCAGGUAUAAGAAACCUUAUAGGAAACAGUUGUCAUUUCAGGGAUGCUUCAGUGCCAGGCUGGCACAAAUGUUUAGAACCAAGAUUUUUAGGAACAGAAGCAAAGGCAUCAGAAAUCCCAGAUAUACCAGUGGAAAUACAGCCUUUGCUUAAAAAUACUCUGUUUGAUGAGAAUGUUCAUGUGAGAAUGGCUGCUGCAAUAUGCCACUAUACCAUAGGGGAGAGGUCUCAACAAGCACAGACAAUUGUGAAGAAUGCUUUGAUACAUGGAAAUUCUACAGACAGUUGGGCAGCAGCCCAGUGCCUGGCACUGGAGGGCAUUACUACUUUCCCAGUUGUGAAAAGGAUCCUGUCUCAAAUUCUUGAUAAAAAGAAUGAUGCCACAGAAGAGCAGGCUUGUCUUUUGUUAGCUCAGCUCAGCAGAAAAACAGGCUUGGUUCAAUGUUUGCUGGCUUCCGAACUGAAUAGCUACCAAUGGAAACGCAGGGUCUUAGCCUGUAAAACGUUCUCUCGUAUUCCUGGACCUGUCAGUCAGGAUCUCAAGAACAAAUUUGUUCAGCUGAUGUGGACAGAUUGGAAGUUUGAUGUAAGACAGGCAGCUGCCCGGGCUUUGGGGUACUUAGCACUUGGGAAAGAAAUCCAUGACCAGCUCUGGGUGAAGCUGAAAAGAGGAGAUUGCCAGACAAGGGUGGAAGCUCUUACACUGAUUGGCUGGUUGAAACUCAUGACAGCCAAGCUGCUCCCUAGUUUUCUUCAGUGUUUUGCUGAUGAUUUUGUUGCUGUCCGAAAGGAAGCCUGCCAGGUAGCUGGAGCACUCAAGAUCAAAGAAGACUCAGUAUUUAAAUGUCUUAUUAAGAUAAUGCAGACUGAUCCCCUCUGCAAGAUCAAAGCCUUCGCCAUUAGAGCUUUGGGUCAGAUAGGUGAGGCAAGUCCCCAGCUGGAAGAUCUUCUUCUCUGGGCUGUCCAUUAUGAAGAGGAUCCUGGGGUACGAAGAGAAGCCUGUCGUAGUAUCAUCACCCUCCAGAUGCAGGAUGAAAAAGUUCGGGCUGCUUUACUGAAGAGAAUGAUAUUGGAACCAAAUGAGAUGGUCAAAGAAGAGCUGAAUUGUGCACUGGUGACAUUUAAUUUCCAGCAGGAAGAGGAACAAGAAAUGAUUCAACAGAUCAAAGAUAAGAUUACUACAUUAACCCAAAAGGAUUUGGUGAUCCAGAAACUCCAGAAACUUAAAGAGAUAACAGAGAGGACGUGGCAUGAAGCUCACCGCAUUUAUCGUGAAAAGGAUGAUGCCUUUAUAUACAGAGAUCUUUGUGAGAUCUUUCUUGAUGUCAUUAGGUGUACUCCAACAGGUCAGAUUUACUGUACAGAUGAAAAGUUCUUGAAGAUGUGGACUGCUCUCUCAGAAUUACUGCCUUUGAUGGGAAUCCCACCAAAUCCUUGGACACAAAGAGUCUUCUUAGUAGCCUUGGAAGCAUACUAUGCUGAGAAAGAAACUUGUGCCAAGAAAGAGGAAGCUCCUGCAAAAAAGAAAAAAGAAUCCAGGGUCACCAAAAAGAGCAAGAAAACAUCACCCACUGUCUGUUUUGUGCCACAUAUUCAGACAGCUACUUAGCUCAUCUUUUUUUCUGUGAGAAAGAAGGUAUUGU